CAACAGAACCACAUAAAUAAUUAACAGCAUACCCAGACCCAUGAUCUGGUCCCACCGACUUUCUUUGCCAUUGGGAAUCCGGAGGGAAGGAAAGUUUUGAAUUUAUUGAGGAGAGGUGGGGAGAGGGUGGGCCCUCCCUCCCUCCUUCAUUGUCUUUCUUUACUUACACACCACUAUUUGUGAUCUAAUCAAAAAUCCUCCACAUAUAAAAUCCCCUUUAUCUCCUCCCCCAAAUUAAGACUUCACCCUUCCCAUCUCCCCUCCUCCCCAAACACAAAAUGGCAAAAAUGCCCCUCUCACUUCUUCUCCUCCCCACUCUGUUUCUUCCAUUCCUCCUGCAUUUCACUUUCUCUCUCUCCUCUCCCCCCUUCUCUGAUCCUGAAGCCAUUGUUCAAGAAGUCAAUGAGAAGAUCAACAAUGCAAGUGCGAGCAGGAGGAGGAACCUGGGGUUCCUGUCGUGCGGGACGGGGAACCCGAUAGACGACUGCUGGCGGUGCGACCCGAACUGGGAGAAGAACCGCCAGCGGCUGGCGGACUGCGCGAUCGGGUUCGGGAAGCAGGCGAUCGGGGGGAAGGGGGGGAGGACGUACGUGGUGACGGACUCGGGGGACGACGCGGUGUCCCCGAGGCCGGGGACGCUGCGGUACGGGGCGAUACAGGAGGAGCCGCUGUGGAUCGUGUUCGAGCGGGACAUGGUGAUCAGGCUGAGGGAGGAGCUGAUGGUGAACUCGUUCAAGACGAUCGACGGCCGGGGGGCGAGCGUGCACAUCGCGAACGGCCCGUGCAUCACGAUCCAGUACGCGACGAACGUCAUCAUCCACGGCGUGAACAUACACGACUGCAGGCAGGGGGGGAACGCCAACGUGAGGGACUCCCCGGGGCACUAUGGGUGGAGGACGGUUUCAGAUGGGGAUGGGAUCUCCAUCUUUGGGGGGAGCCAUGUCUGGGUUGACCAUUGUUCCCUUUCAAACUGUAGGGAUGGGCUGAUUGAUGCCAUCCAUGGAUCCACAGCCAUUACCAUCUCCAACAAUUACAUGACCCAUCACAACAAGGUCAUGCUCUUGGGCCACAGUGAUUCCUAUACACAAGACAAGAACAUGCAAGUCACCAUUGCUUUCAACCACUUUGGUGAAGGCCUCGUUCAAAGAAUGCCAAGGUGUAGACAUGGGUAUUUCCAUGUGGUGAACAAUGACUAUACACACUGGGAGAUGUAUGCAAUUGGAGGGAGUGCUGACCCCACAAUCAAUAGCCAAGGCAACAGAUUCUUGGCCCCAGAUGACAGAUUCAACAAAGAGGUGACAAAACACGAGGAUGCGCCCGAGAGCGAAUGGAAGAACUGGAACUGGAGAAGCGACGGAGAUUUGAUGAUGAACGGGGCUUUCUUUACGAGUUCGGGCGCCGGGGCAUCGUCCCGCUAUGCCAAGGCAUCAAGCCUGAGCGCCCGGCCUUCUUCACUCAUCACCUCCCUCACCCAAUAUUCUGGUGUACUUUCUUGCAAGAAGGGCCGUAAAUGUUAACUAGCUUGAGGGUCUCUCAGAAUCGGCGGAACAUUUUAGCGGAGACGGGUAGACUAAAAAGUCAAGUGUUACUAUAGAACAAAAUAUUAAGCUUAGAUCAAGAAAGAUAUUGAACCAUAUAUUGGUUACUAUAUGUAUGCUAGGUGUUUUAUUUCUAGUCCUAUAUGUAUGACAAUGUUAAAUGGCUUUUUUUCGGUUCCGUAUGUUUGGGUUCAGGUCGAGAAAUAUUUGUUUCCUAUCAAUGUUCGAAUUCGGGUCGACCCAAUGGAUUUGAGGCGUUUAUUUUUGAAAUAUUUAAAUGUAUAAAUAUUAGCAGCACUUGUGUGUUAUCCCAAAAAUGUACUCCGUAGUCCGUAUUAAAGCUAAGGUAUCAUA